CACUGACCCUGUGACAGUGCCCACUCCCUCAGCACUGACCCUCCGACGGAGCAACACUCCCUCAGCACUGACCCUCCGACAGUGCGGCACUCCCUCAGCACUGACCCUCCGACAGUGCGGCACUCCCUCAGCACUGACCCUCCGACAGUGCGGCACUCCCUCAGCACUGACCCUGUGACAGAGCGGGAGUACAGUCUGGAUCUCUCUGUGCUGAUCCUUCCCCUGAAGAAGAAGCUGUGAACAUUCGGAGCGGUGUGUGUGGCCGGACAGUGAGUGAUGUGAGUGGAGGAACUACAGGGACCACGUGUCUGGGAUGUCACCUCUCUGCUAUGAUGUUCUUCACGGGUUUGCCACCUGUCUCUGUGGUACAGACAGAUUGGCAUCCGUUUGGGGCGUCCCGAAACUUCAGCCUCCCUGUGAGCUUCUCUGACUCUGGAGAGGAGUUCUCUCUGCAGAGUGCUGUCAGCGUGGAUGUGAAAAUGAUCAUCGAAAACUUGCAAGCUACUGACUCAGCUUGUGCCAUGAACAGUGAACCCAGCAGCCAGGCACAAACAAACACAGCCCCAAAACGGCGAAGUGAGGGCAUGUUAGACAGAAGCUCCAUCAGAAUUUUAAAAGGGGCUGCUGUGGAAGAGCUGAAGCCUGCUUAUCCAUCCUGCACACUUGACACAGAGGAAUCCAACUUGGGUCGCUGCACCCUGGAUUCCGACAGUGAUGAGUCUGUCGACCGAGAUAUAGAAGAAGCAAUUCAGGAAUACUUGAAAAAGAAAACAGAAAAUCCAUCCUUCACUUCGAAAGCCAGUGGCACAAAUGUUCUCCCAGGGACACACACAGCCAUUGAGAAUUCUGCUGCAAAGAUCAGCAAUGGUAUUUCACAGGGAAACGAAGGAGUGAACCCACCCAAAAUUGCGAAUAUUGUCAGCCGAGAGCCUGCAGAAUCCAGAUGCUCUUCCCCCUGCAGUAUCAGCAGCAACGACUCCUUUGAACUGAGUAUACAGGCAGAGAUUGAAAGGUUCUUGCAGGAGAAGAGGAAUAGGGAGACUGGCAACAACAGCAGCCCCAAGAGCGAGGCUGUUUCUGUGGGGAGGACAGAGCAGAAAGAAAAUCUGGUGAAGGUAGGACAGAAGAAGAGAAAGAGGUGCAUCAAAUCCAGUGCAGGGACCCAGCGCAAUCCUGUUCCACAGCCAGUGAUCAACACAAACUCUCAGGUUGGCAACACUAAAUCAAGCCAGUUUAGGAAAUCUGAAGCUGUCUGCAGCAGUGAGAAAGGCAGUGAAGGAAACCCUAAGAGUUAUAAAAAUGUGGCUAGCAGGAAAAAGGCAAGAUCACGGCAUCGCUUUAAGGAACUCCACAAGAGCAGCAAUACCCAGUGGGGUCUCAGUGCUGAAUUCACUGAGUCAAAGGUGAAUCCUGUUAAUGCACAAGUAGAAUUGUCUGAUUCUAGCAGCGAUGAUGGGAUUGAAGAAGCCAUUCAACUUUACCAAUUGGAACAAAAGAAAGGGAAAACUAAGGAUGUAGCCUUUGUCCUUGGCUUAUUACCUCACAAGUCCCCUCAAAAAUAUGCUGAUAUGACUUCUCCUAUGAGAAGCAGAGAGAAAGAAAGACUGCAGACAGCUAUGAGCAAGAGAAAUUGUAUCCCGAAGCCUGGGCGACCCUGUCCUGCCAACCUUUCUGAUACUGACACGAGUGACAGUGAUGACUGUUUAAUACAAACCGAGAGAAAUACCACAGAUUCCAGGCUUGGUUGGAAAGAAACAUUUCAGUCUGAGACUCUGUCAGAAUCUUCCCCAAAAUGGGAAAGGUCUCUUAUGACCAAAGUGCAGUCACCUGCAGACAGUAUAUUAGGUGGUGCUCCUUCAGAAAAGGGGGAGCAUGCGGGCAAAGGCAAGACAAGCUGUGAAUACACCAAUGUUGCCUCCAAGCAGGUCACGCUUUCUUCAGAUAGUGAAAGCAGUUCUGCAGACAGCAGUGACAGCAUUGAAAAAGAAAUUCAAAAUUACUUGGCUCUGAAAGCAAGCCAAAGCAGUCAGAAAUCCAGCAAAGUCAGGACUGAGAGUGAUCUGGACAGAAACUUCUCCCAAGAACCAAAGAUUGAAGACAAUCUGAACACCUCUCCAUCUUUGUUUAUUUCUUUGUCUUCGUCUUCAUCUCAGACAUCAUUGUUACAAAAGAAAAGACUGAAGAAUAAUGUCGGUUCUGGUCAUAAACUUGAAAAGGAGAAACUGAGAGAAAGUCAACCACAUGAGUCCAGUGUGGAAGCUCUUGUGUUAACUAACAAUUCAACUGUCACCUCCAAGAUUAAUCUUAAAGGUAGUUCAUCAGGGCAAACCAUACCUGACAUGAGUAACAUAUGGUACAGCAUGACUCUCAGUCAAAAUCAAGAGAAAUUGUCUCCCAAGGAUCGGGUUGGAGAGAAACAGUCCACUGUUAAGGCUGUCCAUGACUCUUGGCAGACAGAUGAGAAGAGUAGCUCACUGGAUAGUGACGAAGACUUGGAUAGAGCUACAAAGGAUCUCUUGCAAACCAGGAAGAAACUGGGGAAAAGAUCAAGAGAUAUGAAGAACCGGUGCAAGAAACGAGUGCGGUUUACAGGAGCAGAGGUUCUUACUUACUCUGAGCAAAGCACAGGAAUCGGUGACAAAACGCUCUGGACCACGGGAGAAGGCUACACUGUUAGCCACGGCCCCUUAAAAAGCUGCUUAUCAAAAAGUAACAAGAGCGCUUGCAGACGUUAUUUAGACUCGAAGAGUAAAGGGAAUAAGAAGACCGAAGAGCAUUCAGAUUGUGAAGGCAACAGCAAAAUGACCAGUAUCAGAAAUCUCAAGGUUGGUUUGUCGUGUGGUACUGCGUUCAGCACAGCUGAUGGGCAAACUUGGAAAAAUAUAACAAUUGAGAACAGCAGUUCUGCAGAUAGUGAUGAUGGGAUUGAGCAAGAAAUUCUGAAGUUCCUUGCUGAAAAGGCCCGAGCAAAUAGCAGGUUGAACGAGCCUACAGAUGAUCCAAACACGGUGCAUGGAUUUAAAAGACAAGAGGAGGAGAACAAACGGUCGGAAAUGACAGACUUGGACAGGACUCUGUCUACCCUCCCUCAACAAGCUGAGGGAUCUCACAGGGUUCAUAUGAAGGGGCCAUGUCGCUUGGAAGAUGAGCCCACAGCUGGGUAUUUUCAGAGAGAAGUGGAAAGGGCUGGGACUGAAAGCAAGACUAAUAUUAACCAGCAGGAUCUGCUACAGAACAUUUAUGGUACCUGUCGUGCACAGUGCCAGAAUGAAGACAAAUACACCUUAGGAGAACCACCAGCAACUUCCAAAACUGAGACUAAGGCUGGAAUUGUUCCAGGAAGUUUGCAAGUUGACAACAUAGUCUGCCCGGGGAAAGGAGUAUGUCGCAGUGAUGUCCUUGAGGACAAAAAGAUGACUACUAGCCUAGAGAACAUUCAGAGGAAAACAACGCAGUCCUUGGCUUCUGAACAGAGUGUGCCAUAUGUCAACUCCAAAUUGUUGCUAACAGGACAAUCUAAACCGCAAGCUGGCCAAAUCAGAUCGCCCAAGCAAACUGUAAAUAAAUUGUGGAAUACCUUCCAGACUGACUGUCUCAGUGACACUGAAUCAGUGAGCCAGGAGAAUGGAACCUGCAGAAGGGGACAGUAUUCCAGGGACAAUCGGUCAGGUCUUGGUCGUGGUACAAACCAAAGCUCACAAGCUGUGGUUAACACUCUCUCCCAUGUAGGCUGGGCAGGUCGUGCGAAAAUGAAGAGUGAGAAAGAUAAAAAUCAAGGUCAACCUUUAGCAUCUCUGCUGCCAUCAGUUGGUGCUCAGUGCAGUGAAGUGAGCCAGCUACCUAGUAUUGUAGGGCAAGAGCAAAGUGACCAUAAUUAUCAGAGUGGAAUGAAGAGUGAGGAGAGGGACUACAGUGAUGCGACAUGCACACACUCUAACUGUGAGACUUUGUAUCUCUGCGAAAUGUCAGGAGCGUGCAGCUGUUUGCCAAUUGGUGAACCUACCGUAGCCUCAGCCCACAAGGAAGGCAGCAGUGUAGAACAGAGAGUCGACAGUAUAGAAGCAGCAAGUGCAACAGAAACACUGAUUGCUGAGGAAGCUUCUAAAGGGGAGGCAAGCAGCAAGUGCAAGAGUGGAGGAACUGGGGUUACUCUCCUCAGCAUUCAGUGCCAGCCACUGAGCCAGACUUCGUCAGGAUCUAAGAUUGAGGAGCAAAACGACAAGGGUUCAAGAGCAGAGGAGGCAGCACAGGGGAACAGUCCUGAAGCUUUUUACGACAGAGCUAGCGAUCAUUCAGAUGAUGACAGUAGAGUGGACACUGACAGGUCAGGACUGCAGAGGCAGGGGGCUGAGGUGUAAGUAUGUUAUACAGUAGCACAUCUCUGAAUUUUUAUGAUACGGUCACAAUGUUCAGUCUAGAUUUCUUUGUGGGACAGGAAGGUUAUGGUAUGUAAGCUUCUGGAUUAAAUCAAUGUUGUUGAAGGUGUAUCUUUUAUACUCUGUUAAAAGUAAUUAAUUUGAUAAAGAAUACAGCUCUUUAGAUAAACAAAUUUCUUUUCAGAGCUGUAAGACCGUCCCCUUAUCCACCCAGUGAAAUAUGGUUGGGGUAGGCACUUUGUCUAGCUUCCAGUUCAAUCUCUGCAUUUGCAUCUCCCUAUCUCUAUGGACACAUUCCAGUCAUGAAGACCACUGCAGGACACACUGUUGUUCCAUUCAGUGAUACUGAAGCAGCCUAGCAUGAGUUCAGCAUUUCAUAAAGACCUGUGAUGAGCUAAUUGCUUAGAGCCAGGGAUGUACCAGCCAGCCUCAGCAUCAUGGAGGUUAUCAGAGGGAAGGGACCAGCCCCAGUCAGUGCUCCUGCUCUGGGAUAGGGACAGAGUGGAUGCUCUCCUCCAUUGCCUCCUGUGGGCUCACAGGUGAAUGACAGUCAGAGAUGACAGUUGAGAUGACAAUAGGGCCAUAUAUCUUGAAUAGAAAUUACACCCUUGAGUUUUUUUGAACGUGCUUGCUGACACCUUCUGUGUUCAAGCUUUCUUUCAUCCCUGGAGACUAACAAGGCUGUGUUUAGCUGUGCUUCAAUUUGAAACUGGCAGCAUGUGACUCAGGACCCUGUGAAGGGGAAGGGGGUGAGCAACAUGACCGAUCCUGCAAGGGGGCAUUAAUUUUAUGUGUUUUUGUGUGUCAGUGAUUCUGUGUACACAGGUGCCUGUGGAGAUUAGGAAUAUAGAUGUUGAGAAAUCAGGUAUUUCUGUUUUCUGCAGUGAGACUAUGUGUAAGGGCUGAAUGCUCCUAGGUCAGUUACAGCAUAGGCAGGUACAGAGUAAAGCCCCAUCUGCCCUACUCCCAACAAUGUGCCUUAAUUCUCUAAGCACUUCAUGCCCUACUGUACACAAGUGUAAUAGCUUGUCAUUUCCUGUGCACUAGCCAUCUUUUGUAGACCCUCAGAACUGAGAUUGCUGAUCCUUCUGUCAGACUAUGGGCAGUCAGUGGCUGGAACCUACUUGCCCCUCAGUAUGGCCACCUGCGUCGGUCUGACCAAGGUGAGAAUCUCUGUUUCACACCGAUUGCUGUAGAUUCGGAACCUACAUUCUCAUUGACAAUAUUCACUGGAUCAUGGGUUCUAAUUCAGUUAGUGAAGGUGGAGCCUGACAACUCUGAUUGUUUUUAUUCCAGUUACCUGUGUUAUUUUGAAUAUGUUGUUUUGUGAUUAAUUUUAUUUCCAAAAGAGACCUGAGGGAUUGGGGUCUCCUUUACCCUAAGCUACUUGGCAAUGUCAGCAUUGGUGAGCAAUCUCUGAUUUGGGAGUAACUUCAUUGAAAAGAAAAAUAGGCCCCACAAGUUUACAUUGACCUGAGGCUGAUGUUUGGCCUUUGGCUAACUGCAGGAACUCUCAUUACCACACACUCAUUCUGUAAAGAUUUAACAGCUAAACUUUACUGCAGAGGUUUUCAAAUGGAGUGGGAAACGCUUUUGACACCAAAAUAAAUAAUCUUUCUUCCCCUACCUUUCAUUGACUUAGCAAAUCUCAGGCAAGGGUAGGCACUGCUAGGAUCGGAAGGGGAGGUAUCUGAAUACCAUUCAGCUGAAAAUUGGCUUAGCUAUGAUACCCUCUGGCCUAUAACACUCAGGGUGAGGUAUUGUGGGGCAAUCAACAUGUGUAGAAAAAUACUGCAGGAAUGGAGGGAAGAGCAGUUAAGCAAAUUUUGAUUUUAUAGAAAGCCAAUGUUGGUUCAGGGCAUAGAUAUAUAUGCAGACAAACACGCACUGGAAGCAAAAUCUGUAUUUUCUCUGACUUUGAUAUUGAAAUGUGAAAUCUGUACAGAUGGUUCAUACUCCAAGAGUAUAGGCUUGCAUUGAAUUUAAUGAGUUCUCUUAAUUUUUUAGCUCUUUAUAUGUAUAUGUGAAGUCAAACAUCAUUAUGCUGCAAAAUCCCACUGAGCAACCCAUAAUUAGGUUUAAAUGUAUGGGUUCCAACCCUCUCUGAUUCUGUACACCGCAUUGUCACAGAGAUUCAAUCAGGAAAACUAACAAAUAACAUUCCUGAAGAAAACACCUUCUCUCAUUAGAAUGCGUAUAAGUGUUGUUCACAGUGAUUUUAUAAAAUGUGUGAACUGGCAUGAUGCAAAUAACUUGAGGAAGAUUUAUUCUGUGCUGUCUCUAUCAACCCAAAAUGACAGUAUAACUCAUCAGUAGAAUUCUGACCGACUGAGUCUGGAGAGAGCAUGUCUUUGAUUUACAUUUCUCUGUGACAUAUCUAGAAAUACAUCCAGCGACUUACCUAGAAAUAGCAACCGAUUCCCUAGGAGCAGCCUGAUCAGAGUGGUAGCUGCAUCUUUCAAAACAGUGCAGUGGCUUUCCAUUCUUGUACAGCAGCACAAGUGAUGUGUCAGGGAGGUGUACAACAGCAGAGAGGUGACAGAUAGAAAUCUGGCAGGUCUCCAGGCUCCUCACAGCAACCUCACUGAUCCAGAGUUUGAUGACCUUUGGACUGGAUAGGCAUUCCAAUAGUUUUAGUACAAUUCCUGAUUUUGGGGUGAAGAUGUGUUCAAAGGCCUGUCCAGCAAUGCUGAUGAAUUAUUUAAAGUGGAAUUUAUUUCCCUGACGUUGUCAUUCUGAUUUAGUUCCGAUGACAGCACUGAUAUUGGAUAUUCUUUAUCAUCAGAAUGUUGCUCCUGUCUCUGUUUUACAUCCAUUUUUGUUUUUAGUGUACAUGUCGCCAAAUGCUGUCUUGUGAAAUUUGCUUCUGAUGUUGAAAGUACUCCUUAGUUUUUGCCUGAGGGGUAUUGAUGCACAUACUUUUUAACAAAUUUGUGAAAAUUAUUUAAAUUAUACAGUCUACAUGACAUUUACC